AAAAUUUUUCGAAUUAUUAAAAACGAUUUUCAUAAUUUACUAGUUGAUGAGGAUACUAAAGAACUUGACUUAACUCGACAUCGAAUUAAAAAAAUUGAGGGAUUUGAUUUCUUGCGCAGCAUUGAACAAUUAUGCUUACGCUGGAAUUUGAUCAAAAAAAUUGAAAACUUAAACAAGCUUGUCACACUUACCGAACUUGAUCUUUACGACAAUCAGAUUACCAAAAUCGAGAAUCUUGAUGAAUUAGUGAAUUUGGUAUCGUUGGAUUUAUCUUUUAAUCGAAUUACUGUGAUUGAAAAUCUGUCAGCACUGAAAAAACUUAAAAAUGUAUAUUUGAUUCAUAAUAAAAUUCAGAAAAUUGAAGGUUUUGAAGAGUUAACUGAAUUAGAAUACUUGGAAUUGGGUGAUAAUCGAAUCAAAAAAAUUGAAAAUCUUUCUAAGAAUCAGAAAAUCAAACGUCUCUUCUUGGGAGCAAAUCAAAUCCGUCACAUUGAAAACUUGGAUGAACUGAAGCAUAUUGAAGUGCUCAGUCUUCCAGCUAAUGCUAUUCAAGAAAUCAAGGUUUUAUUUAAUAUUAAUUUGGAAAUUUUGGAUCUAAAUUACAAUUGCCUUCGUUCUAUUUCUAACAUCCGUCAUCUCAACAAGCUUACCGAUUUCUGGGCUAAAAAGAAUGAGCUAACAAAAAUCGACGACGUUGAUGAAUUAACUCAUCUACCGAAUCUUACUUACGUUUAUCUUGAAAUGAAUCCGUUCUCGAGUACUACUACUUAUCGCGGUGCAGUGAUUCGAAUGCUACCACAGAUAGAAAAACUUGACGCUAAUUAUUGCCGUGUUAGUUAUUAUACCUUUUUUCAUUCUUGGGGCAUCAUUUAA